AUGGGUAAGUGGAUCAUUCCAUUGUGUGAAUAUGUGGUGAAGGCAAUAGGUAAGUGGAUCAUUCCAUUGUGUGAAUAUGUGGUGAAGGCAAUAGGUAAGUGGAUCAUUCCAUUGUGUGAAUAUGUGGUGAAGGCAAUAGUGGUGGAAGUUGGCGCCAAUUGGAUCCAGCCCAACAACGAGAACCUGAAUCCUGUUGUUAGCCUAGCUAAGAAGUAUAAAUUAAAAGGGAAACCGUCGAACUGGGAUAGUAUUAUUUUUAGAAAUGCAGAAGGGAAGAACGUGACCAGGGAAGCGUUGGUUGUAAGACACCAGCUUGACAAGUCUCUUGAUUACACCCACGAUCUAGCGUUAGAACUCCUGGAAAACAAUAAAUCUGACAUGUCUAUCCGUGCUGCGCUGAGACUAGCUAAGUGGAACCCACGUACCCCUAUCGACGAAGUUCUGGAAUAUCUUCGUGUUGAUUUUGAAUACGGCGGAAUUGCGUACGUAACGUCCCUUAAGUCUACAGCUGUCGUCGUGAACGACAAAGAUUUGUUUGUGACCGACCAACGCGGGUAUAGCGUACUUAUCAAAAAAAUGUCAAAUGAAUUCAUGAAACAAGGCGACCUCCGUUUAAGGUACGGUAAAGUGGUGACGGCUAUUACCUGGACAAACAACAGCGUCACUGUCCGUUGCCAAGACGACUCUGUAUACACAGCUCCAUUCGCUCUCAUCACUUUCAGCAUCGGCGUACUUCAAAAUGACGUCAUAAAGUUUGACUUUCCCCUUCCUACCUGGAAGAUGUUAGAAAUCAAACAAUUCGAAAUGGCACUAUACACAAAGAUUUUCUUGAAAUUUCCAAAGAAUGCAACCCGAUUCUGGGACGAACAAGAAUUCAUCUUACACGCGCAUCCAAGACGAGGAUUUUACCCCGUCUGGCAAAAUCUUGAAGCUCCCGGCUUAUUCGAUGUUGGCACGAAUAUAUUGAUGGUGACAGUGACAGGCGAAGAAUCGAAAAGACUGGAGGGACAAAACGAUAACGUCAUUAGAUCGGAAGUGAUGAAUGUGCUACGUCAUAUGUAUGGUGACAACAUCCCGGAUGUCGAAGAAAUAAUGCUCCAUCGAUGGUCACGUGAUCCCCUGUAUUUUGGUGCUUACAGCAACUGGCCAGUUGAAGUGUCGAUUGGUGCUCAAAAAAGACUCCAGGCAAACUUAG